AUGGUGGAAAAAUGUGAAACGUAUGGAGGAUUAGAAAAAGAACAUUCAAGAAAAAAGCAACUCCAAACAACUUUACCUUCCAUAGGUGGAAGAGGAUUCUUCUCUUCAGUUUCUGCAUGCUUUAAUCCUGAUUUAUCAAACUGUUCAACGCCAUUUAUUAAGCUAUUGUGCGCUUUCUCAGCUGCAACAGCUAAAAAAGCGAAAGCACCACAAAAAUAA